CUGAUUUCAAAUGGUUUCACAUCUGUAGACUACGUCGCUAGAAAAGACGUUCUCCGGGUUCAUGAUCAUUCUUCAAUUCAAACAUGUUCCAGGUCUCAGGAGCUUCAAUGUGAAAAAAAAGUGUUUCGGGGCCUAAUCAGCCGUAUGCCUGUUAUGACUUCACAAAUAAUUAUCAGUGUCCUGAUACUGACAAAGGUCAUCGUCUGGGAACAGAGCCCAUGUUCACCGUGGAUCUGGAAUGUCGAGACUGAGAAAUGCUACAGAAAAUUUUGUGAUAAAAAGACUGCUGAAGAAGCUGAAAAGAGCUGUCAAAAGCUCAAUGGCCAUAUGGUUACUAUAUGCAGUGAGGAGGAGAACACAUUCGUUGCAGGACUUGGAUUACAUAGUGUACCAGAGGAUAAUAUUUUGAAAUGGAUGUGGAUUGGGAUAAAACGCGACUCCAGUAGAAAGAAUUGGAUAUGGAUGAGUGGUUCCAAGUGCAAAUAUCGCCACUGGGAGGCCCGGGAACCAAAUGAUCUUUACGGCGUUGAAGACUAUGCGCACUUCUGGACCGCCAAUCCGACUUAUCACCGUGACUGGGCCGACAACUGGGACGAAUAA